AUGAAUUUGUUGCUAAGAAAAGGUGUUUACCCUUAUGACUGGGUUGACUCUAUUGAUAAGUUUUCAACAACUACAUUACCGUCAAAAGAAUCAUUCUUUUCAAAACUAAAUGAUGAAGAGAUAAGCGAUGAUGAUUAUUCGCAUGCACAAAAUGUAUGGAAUGAAUUUGAAUAUCCUGCUUGGUACUAUACAGCACCAUGGUUAGCUUGGGAUGCUGCUUUAAAAGAAACUAAAGUAAAAUUAGAAUUAUUAAAUGAUUAUGAUAUGAUUCUUAUGAUAAAGCAAGGAAUACGCGGGUGUAUUAGUAUGAUUUCUGACAGGCUAGGAACUGCUAAUAAUAAAUAUAUAGAAACCUAUAAUGAAAGUAAAGAGUCUACCUUUAUACAAUAUUUAGAUGCUAAUAAUUUAUAUGGAUGGGCGAUGAGUAAACCCCUUCCAACACAUGGAUUCGAGUGGAUGAGUGAGGAAGAAAUAGAAAAUUGGAAAUCCAUUUCAUGUAUAUUAGAAGUAGAUAUAGAUUAUCCUGAAAAUUUAGAUGAUUUUCAUAAUGAUUAUCAAAUUGCACCUGAAAGGGUAAUCAUUGAUAAAGUAGAAAAAUUAGUACCUAAUCUACAUCAUAAGAAAAAUUACAUCAUACACUAUGAAAACUUGAAAUUGUAUGAAAGAUUAGGACUAAAAUUGACUAAAAUUCACAGAGGCAUAAAUUUUAAAGAAAGCGCAUGGCUAAGUAAGUACAUUGAGCUCAAUACAAAUUUGAGAACAAAAGCUACUAAUGAGUUUAAAAAAGACUUUUUUAAACUCAUGAAUAAUUCUGUGUUUGGAAAGACAUUGGAAAACAUUGAAAACAGAGUUGAUGUGAGACUAGUCACUAAAAGAGAAGAAGCAAUUAAAUUAGCAUCAAAACCAAACAAAGAGAGUAGAACAAUAUUCGAUGAAAACUUAAUAGCGAUACAUAUGAAAAGAACAAAACUAGUCUAUAAUAAGCCUAUUUACUUGGGUAUGUGCAUUUUAGAUUUGAGCAAGACACUAAUGUAUAAAUUUCACUAUGAUUAUAUAAAAAAUAAAUAUGGUGAUAGAGCUAAACUGUUAUUCACAGACACAGACUCAUUAGCAUACGAAAUAAAAACAGAAGACUUUUAUGCAGAUAUUGCUAAUGAUCUUGAAAGUAAAUUUGACACUAGUGAAUUUGACAAAAAUCAUCCAGCUGUUCGAAAUGGAUUUAAAGUAGCACUCAGUGCAGAAGAUGACAAAAGAAUUAUUUUAGAAGAUGGUAUACAUACAUUAGCAUAUGGACAUUAUAAAUUAAAAUAA